CUCGUUUCUAUUUCCGGUACGAUUAAAAAAGUUGAUUGCCAGCUGAGAAAGAAAGAAUGUUAUAAAUUUGCAUUUUUCUAUCGAGAUUUUAGUUUUUUAAACGUUGUUACUAUGGCAAACGAGGAAAAAGAUGACGGUAGUUUGUCCCCAGACCAUUGGAUGAAUAGUUUUGAAGAGGAAUGUUUAGAGGAACUUGAUUCUGAAGCCAAUAUGGAGGAUUGUCUGCGAACUCAACGAGAAUACGCACAACAAAAACUUUGGUUACAGUUUCAAAAUUCUGCGACCUCAGUGGCACAGCUUUAUAAAGAUCGAAUUCAAGGUCACUCUUUAUGGAUUCCAUUUCAGAAUGCUGCUUCUUCAGUUACUCAUUUGUACAAAGAUAGUGUUGAUUCAUUAGAAACAUGCGUAGAUGUUGGAGUACAACGGGGGAAACAACACAGAACUAAAGACAUUAUCUCAUGGGUAAAAAAAAGGAGGCGACAUAUUCGCAGGGAAGACCUUAUAGCAUUCCUUUGUGGGAAGAAUCCACCAAAUCGCCAUCGUACUAAACAUAAUCAUAACAGAACAUUAGAACGAUCACAUUCACCAAGAGUAAAUAAUGGGGAAUCAAUCCAGCAAACAUCUGAACCAGACCUGCAAGCAUUUAGAGAAGCUAUUUCUCUACAAGGUUUGAAUGGUGCUAUGUCAAACAUCAGUGUUGGUUACAAAGGACAUAACGGACCAUCCAAUUCACAACCAAUCGCGGGUAGAAAUAAUAGCUUAGAAGAACUUAAUAAAUUUAUUUUGGAUGAAUUUGCAAGAAAUUAUGAUUCAAGAAAAAGAACAUCUUCACCAGAUCAUGUAAAAAUGGACUCUCCAUCAAGAAAGAAAAGUAGAAAGUUUUAAAAACAUGUGAUGAAUUUGUAAUUGUUUAUAUGCAUACAUUUGCAUAGAGAAUGCUAAAAUGUGACUGUCAAAACAAAAUAAAAAUAUUUACAAAAGAAAUUACAUUGGACUUGAAACAUUGUUUGGUUUGAAUUCUGUUGUUUCUAUGGAAAAUUAAAUAGAUUGGAAUUACUGUUUAUAUUACAAUGGAAGUUUGAACUUAAAGUAAAGAUAUCCUAUUUUGAUUUUAUUUUAAGAUUGGCUGUAUAUAAAGUAUACAGAAAAAUAAGUAAGUUUGUGAAUUGAAAAUUUACAUUUUCAUAAAUUAGUAGAGAGCAAUAUAGUUUUAAUCAUAUUACAUGUUUUCACAAAAAUACCAACAAUGUAUUCCAAUUUUGUAAACUACAUGUUUGUCUCAGAACUCAAUAACUUAAACUGUAGUCAUUGUUUUUGGUGUGGUAAGCUAGGGGUAGACAUUAAUAGGUAUUAUUUUUCUACCUCUGUUGUCAACAUCAAAUAUUCAUAAAAAAAACAAAAAGUCCCUAAAUUUUAUAUGACAGACUACUGAUAACUAACAGUAAAACACCCAAAAAAUCACAUUUAAGGUACAACACAAAGACAACCAUUGAAUGUUGGAUUCUUAGCUUUUGGACAGUCACCAUGAAAUGUGGCAGAGUUUUAUAGUGUACAAGCUCCACUUAUUCAAAAUAUAGUGGCGGAUCAAAAAGUAAAAUUGUUCAUUGUUCAGUGGUUGUUUUCUGAAUAGAUAAUGAAUAUUUCAUGUUAUGCAUUUUCAAAUUGUUAAGGGUAUUUCAAAGUAGAUGAGACAAACAUGUACCUCUUUAUUUUAAUAAGUUUUGUUAUUGAGUAUCCAUUAAUGAUCUUGAGUAUAGAAAUUUUUUCUAAGGUAUUUUGCCAGCUGUGAUGAAAUGCUGAUGUUGUUUUUCAUUUUGUAAAAAGUAUCAUUUGUGACUGUGUGAAAAGCUUGUUGCUCAAUGUAUCAAUCUGUUCAUAAGAAAUUGUAAUACAGAUUUUCAUCAGAAUGUGUUCAUUAUUUUAACUGGUAUAUCACUAGUCUUUCUAAUGAAAUUGAUAUUUAUGUCAAAAUGAAUUUUAUAUAUACAGGAAUACAAUUUAUCAGUUGUUAGACAUUUUGGAUGUUUGUAGAAUGACAUCUGUCUCUGUAGUAAGUUUUUAUGCCCCCGCCAAAAUUGGUUUCCGUUCUCUAACUUGAGUUUGCGUCAACCAAAUGUUAUGAAAUUUAUACACAAUGCUUAUUACCACAAAACACAGAUCAAGUUUGAAUCUUGGUGGCGUCACUUUUACCGUUCUAGAGUUAUACCCCUUUAUAAAUGGAAAAAUUGCAAAAUUUAAGUUCCGUUCUCUAACUUAAGUUUGCCUCAUUCAAAUUUUAUGAAACAUAUACACAAUGCUUAAUACCACAAAAUAAAGAUCAAGUUUAAAUUUUGGCAGGGUCACUUUAACCAUUCUCGAGUUAUGCCCCUUUAUAAAUGGAAAAAAAUGCAAAAUUUUUAGUUUCAGUUCUCUAACUUAAGUUGCCCACAACCAACUGUUAUGAAACUUAUACACAAUGCUUUUUACCUCAAAACACAGAUCAAGUUGAAUUUUGGUAGCGUCACUUUAAUCGUUCUUGAGUUAUGUCCCUUUAUAAUGUUGUAUGCAAGCGGGGGCAUCAUCUGUGUCGAUGGGGACACAUUCUCCAUUUAUGAGUAUAUAAUUUUCUCAGUUUGCAGUAACUUAAAACAAACUGAAAGGCAUGAUUUUGAACAUAUAAUUAAAAUGUAUUAGUUAUAAAAUAUCUGAGGCAUACUCCUUUUGAUUUUAUCCCCAUCCUUUACAUUUAUCAAUGUUGUAGGCAUGAUUUAGUGGAUAACAAUAUUAUUAUAUCCUUUAGAAUUGUUAUGUUUCGUUAUUCUGUUCUCACUGUUAUCUUUAUUGUUGAUAGUUUUUUUUUAUGUUACUUUUGAAAGAAUAUCACAUAGAAAGAAAUAUCAAAAGAAUGUCAUACUUAAUUUAUUAUACAAAAUUACAUAUGAGGUAAUUAUAUUCAUUAAUUUAAAAUCUUGUUUACAUAGUCAAACCUCAAGUAUAUAAAGUACAUGUACUAAAUGAAAACACAUAUUUAGUUGCCUUCACUAAACUAAUGAUAAAACCUAAAAAUUAUGUUUCUUUGAAGAAACUUUUUUUAACCAUGAAGACUGGUGCCAUCAUAAUUGAAUGCUUGUACAAUAAAGCAUGCCACCAGUCAUUUUCAUACAAACCUAUAAAUGUUAUGCAAAACUGAAUAAAAGACAAAAUAAUGUAUGUUGACAAAUUUACUGUUAUAUUUGACAUUUAAAAUGAAAGAAUGCAAUUCAACUUUUGAUUUAAUGUGGUCAGUCCCAAUCUUUCUAGUCCUGUUUUAAAUGCAGGCUGCUUUGUCUCCUGACAUUCUUUAAAAGCCUUCACUGUCCAAUCACUGCCUUAUAAUGUCAUUUUAUGGUAUGAAAGGGCAUAUUCCAUUACAUUAUUUCUUAAAUUGGAAUGAAAUUCCACACUGUUUUUAAGUAUCAUAAGUCUAAAAUGUUGAGAAUUAGGUUUUUAGGGCAAAUUCUAUUAAAUCAUUUAUAGACUGAAUAUUAAUUUUCCAUAAUUAUUUACAACAUAAAUAGAUGUGCAUAAUACAUUAUCAUAUAAAUUGAAAUGUUUUGGUAGUAUGAUUUGUUCAUUAACACUUAAUUUGGAUUUCGAGAAGUAAGUAUUGUGUACUCCUAGAAUAUACCUUGGACUGGGAAGAUACUUUACUCAGUUGUGAAACAUCACAUGAACAUAUUAAAAAUCAGAAAAAAAUUAUCUCAAUAUUGAAUUUAAUUCCCAACUAAAGAAGCCAGGAAUUUGAGUAUUAUAUUUUUACUGAAGGCAAAUUCCACAGUAUUCCUGAAUUAAAAUUAAAUUUUCAUUUAAAAUUUUACCCAACAAAAUAUCUUUGCAAACAUUUCAAUUUAUAUUUUGACACUUAAAUGGUCCUUUAUUAAAUGUGGUCUGUUUUUAAUCAUGUUUCCCCAAGUAAUGCCCUUCUUGAUUUGUCAGUUUUAAGCUGUACUAAUAUAUGGUUAUGAUUGGUGGCAGGUGGUAGAUAAGAGACUAUAUCAUGACCUCUUGGCAAAUUGUGUUUCUGUUGUAUGAGAUGGGUGGCAUAUUUAUAUUGUCCAUAUAUUAUAAUCAUUUAAAUGUAUGUAUGUAUUAUAAAGUUUUUGAAUUUUGUAAAAGAAUUUAUAGUAGAUUGAUAUAGGAAGAUUGUCUGGAACACAUGUUUGUGCAUGUUAUUCAUAUUCUGAUUAACAUAAAGAAGAUAUUAUUUAUAAAGUAGAUAGAAUUUCAUCCCUCAAAUUUUAAAGACAUGCACGCUCCAAAAUUAAUAAUCCUCCAAUCUGUAAAGGGAAACCACAUGUUUGUAAACCUUCAACCUCUCCUUGUUUUUAAUUUUGAAGAGUUUGUUUUAGUUUAAACAUAUUUUAUUGUUCAAAAAGGACAAACUGACUAGUCAUAAGUUUUUUAACUUAUAGUAUAAAUGUUUGUUUCUUGUUUUCUUACAGUACUUACAUUACCUGUCUAUAGGACAAUUUUCUUCUUUUUUCUUUUUUUUUUUAUAGACCUGAUAAAUAUAGAAUACAAAAGUAAAUUUCUGCCAAGGAGUAAAAGUGUUAGUCUAUAAAAAUGCUUAUAAUAUGGGAAAAGUUUAUUAUAAGUAGAAUGAUCAUGAUUCAAUUAUCAGUGCCUCAGAGAAACCAUUUUAAUAUCAACAAAAAUUGUAAAAAGUAGAAACAAAGUAUUUAAAAUGUCUAAAAUAUUUAUUUUGGACAAGAGGAAUGUAUGUAACAUAUAUUUGUGUGUAUGUAUGUGUGUGUGUAUGCUGCACACACUGUGUAUAAGUUGUCAACUGCAAUUUAUAGAAUGAUGUAUAGAAUAAAUGAGAAAAAUACUA